AGUAAGUAGAAAGGGUGUAGUGUCCACGUGUCUAGGUGACGUCACCUUCUCCCCAACCUCGCUUUCAAGAACGGCAUAGAAGCAAAAAGAAACCAUUUUUAUUUUUACUUUCCUUCUUUUCUUUAACAUAUUUUUCUCCAAAACCAAAACCAAAACACAAUCUCUUCAGGGUUUUUGGCCAACUCCACUAAAAGGGUUCACUCAUAUUAGGGUUCUCUUCAAAAUUCUCUCUUACUUUCCAAAUUUGCCUAUUUUUUUUCUUUCUUUCUUUUGUUAUUAUUUGUUAAUUUUUGGUUUUGAAUUAUAUAUAUAUAAUUAAUUUUUGGAAGAGAAGGAGAAAAAAAAUGUACAUAGGUUCCAUGAGAAAGUCGUUUAAGGAUUCUCUGAAGGUUCUCGAAGCUGAUAUUCAACAUGCUAACACUCUGGCUUCGGAUUUUCCAAGGGAUUAUGAUGGUGCUUCUCUUCAAAUGAGGAUAUCAUACAGUCCUGCUGCUCACUUGUUCCUUUUUCUUGUUCAAUGGACCGAUUGCCACCUCGCCGGAGCUCUUGGACUCUUGAGAAUUCUUAUAUACAAGGUCUAUGUGGAUGGAACAACCACCAUGUCUACUCAUGAAAGGAAAGCAAGUAUUAGAGAGUUCUAUGCGGUAAUUUAUCCUUCACUUCUGCAACUUCCAAAAGGUGUUACUGACACCGAAGAUAGAAUGCAGAAAGCAGUGUGCUUGGAGAGGUACAAGAGAAGAGACGAUGAUGAGAAUUGGCAUUGUACAGAUAUAGAAAUCGAAAGAGAAGAGGAAUGCGGUAUAUGCAUGGAGAUGAAUAGUAAGAUUGUGUUACCCAACUGCAAUCAUGCUAUGUGCUUCAAAUGUUAUCGCGAAUGGCGAACAAGAUCUCAAUCAUGCCCCUUUUGUCGGGACAGUCUUAAGCGAGUGAACUCUGGCGAUCUCUGGGUAUAUACUGACACUAGAGACGUAGUUGACAUGGCAACGGUGACAAGAGACAACCUAAGGAGGCUCUUCCUGUAUGUAGAUAAAUUGCCUCUUGUCAUUCCCGAUGACCUUUUCGACAAAUAUGAUUCUCAUCUGAGAUGAUUUUUGUACACAAAACCCCGAAAACUAAAGAAAAGAAGAAAAGCAUUUGAAUGAGUAGUUGUAAUAGUAGUAACUCAUCUACUUUCGCUUACCUAAGAACUGAGAUUUUGCUCGGUGGAAAAUUUAGAAUCAGUUUCUUCCCUCUUCUGAUGAGAAGAUCCCGACCAGAAUUAUUGUUGGUCGGCCGGUGAAGUUAAGAUAGUUUUUUUUUUUUUUUCCUUUUCGUUUUUCAAUUCAAAUGGGGUUUUUUUUUUUUUUUUAAAUUUGUGUAACUAUAACACUACUUAUUUUGUACAUGCUUUGUAUAGCUCCUUAAGUUUGCAUAUAUGAAAAAUGCCUUGCAUAUUCUGCAUAUAUGGCAUCAUUUUCAA